AUGGGCAAUAUGAGGGCAGGUGAUGUGGGGCCCCCGUCGCCUGCGAAGAAGGCGGCGGCCGCGGCGGCCUCGCCAGCCGCUGCCUUUGGCGCGUCGCCCGCCGCUGCCUUUGGCGCGCCGCCCGCCGCUGCCUCCGGCGCGCCGCCCGCCGCUGCCUCUGGCGCGCCGCGGGCCCUGUGCAUCGCGCAGCUCCUCGAGACGGACCAGUCGACGCAGCAGGGUCACGUCAAGGAGUGGGUGCGCCAAGUGAAGCACCACGUCGACCAUAGUUUGCUCAGCUUCCUGGGCCAGCGCAAGCGCGAGGUGCCCUUCGCGGUGCCCGCCAAGUGUUCUGUGAUUCCGCCGUUGGCCAUCACUGAUGCUGCCUCUGGCGCAAACCUCAGUUCGUUUCGCGGGGUCAUGGACUACGGCAACCUGGUUGCGAGCUUCUCCCGCGCCAAGGAGUACGAGGCAGCGGGGGCGGCGUGGAUGUUGGACCCGAUUUGCUCGGACAUCGACGACGUCACCGUAAGCCAACUCGAGGGUGCCAUGGGCAUGUGGUCGGAGGAGGCGUACUCCCUCUCCUCCAAGCACGCGCCCUCGCGGCGCCUCUCCUUCGACGCGCCGAUCCCCGCCUUGGUGGUCGACGUCGAGGUCGCCCAGCGGCUUGAGCCUAACAAGCCUGGAGUUUGCUUGACAGAGGCUCUGGCCAUGCUCGCGGGGCGCGCGGUGGUCAUCACGUGGCAUGUUGCUAUGGGCGAGGCGCUCCAGCAGUCCAACGAAGACCGCGUGUGGCAUUUGUUCAAUGCCGCGUUGUCCGCGCCCAUCAGGAUGCGCUUGCUGCCUGAUGGCGACGCGGCCCACUUGGCCGCUCUGGCAUUUUCAGAGAAGAUGUUCUCUGCGCAUGCUGCCUCUGGCGCUGAGUCCUUCUGGCGCCUCAUGGCGGCAGAGGCAGGCAGCCUGAG